AUGUACUCGGCCUUAAAACAAUCGUUCAAUACAUGUGUCUGUGCACCUUCUGCCAGUCUUCCACCACUUCCAAAACUUCUUGUUCUUUCAUCUGUUGCAAUAUGUGAACCGCUCCAUAAUAUACAACAGUUGUACGCUCCUCCGCCCCCGACUUUGCCCUCAAAACUUGUUUUACCCAUUCGAAAACACCGCCAGCUCAUCCACGAUAAUUCCGUUCCCGACUCCGGUUAUGCCUCUGCAGAAGAAGAAGACUGUGACUACGAGGUGGACGACAUUGUCGUUGCAGGUUCUUGCGACGAUGAUGACUUGGAGAUUCUCCGAGCCGAUCCUCUCGAGCGCGCGUUCGUAAUCAAAUGGCUCACCGCCUUCAUCGCUCGAUCUGAUGCAUGGGCCUCUGCAGAUGAUCUCGAGGAGAUAGAGGCAGAUAGACGGGCAGAAGCAGUAGAAACAGCGUCCAGACUCCUCUCAGUACUGUUGGGUGUUGAUCAGGAAGAAGAAGAAGACUGUUCCGUCACACGUUUCUUCCAAUUCCCCACUCAGGGUGGUACUUUUGUCAAAGUCGAAUUGAACGAUGCACCCCUUUCGAACGAAGACCAUACCUGUGUCGGGCUGCAGAGUUGGGCUAGCUCGGUUGUGUUAUCCGAAAGGAUUUGUGCAGAUCCUGCAAGGUUUUCGUUAUCAAGCUUUACGAACACCAGCGGUUCUCCUUUGCGCAUCCUCGAACUCGGCGCGGGUACAGGACUGUUGAGCAUCAUUGCUCGCAAGUUGCUCUCAUCCCUACAUGCUUCUGCUUCCAUUUUUGCGACCGACUAUCAUCCCGAAGUCCUCCUCAACCUCUGCGCCAACAUUGCCACUAAUUUUCCUUCUUCUGCUCCUCCUCCGAUCUCUGUCCAUCAGUUGGAUUGGGAACGUCCUCAAUAUUCUGCUCCAAUGAAUGAACCGUUCGAUCUCAUUCUCGGUGCCGACGUUAUCUACCAUCCCGACCAUGCUCAGUGGAUCAAAGCCUGUGUGGAGCGUUUGCUCUUGCGUCCCACUCCCUCUAAUAGCUCAACCGGUACGGGAGGUGUUUUCUGGCUUAUGAUGGCGCUCCGCAUUAGUGGUAGACACGAGGGAAUGUUUCAUACGGUCGAGGAUAUAUUCCCGGAUGCGUCUUCGUCCUUGACGGCUGGCGAUCAAGCAGAUGAUUGGCAGCUGGCUAUUUUAGAGAAGUCUGAAUUGGGUAAGUUGAAGGGUGUAGGACGCGCAGAUGAACGCGGAUACUUGUUAUUUAAGAUUGGAUGGGUGCCUUGCUGA